AGUUUCGCGCCAAUCAGCGACGCGGUCGUAUCUCGGGGUAACCACGGUUACAACAAUUUUGAAAAAAAAAAGUUAGUUUCCUUUUCAGUGUUCUGUGCGUGCUCUAGUGUUUCAAUUGGAAGAUGAUGCAGUGAGUUGCGGAACGAAGAGAAAAAGGAAAACUUUUAAACUUUAGCUGAUUUUGAUAUACUACAUACGGUGAAGAUGAGCUACAGGGAAGAGCAACUUUUGAACAAUACUAGGCGGAACGGAAGCAUCGUCACUUCUUACAACAAUGCCGAUGGUAACCAGUCGGAGAAGUCUGUGCUUCAGCAGCAACAACCAGUCAGGCUUCAACCCUCGUGGGAGGAGAACAACCUGCCCGACGACGAACUGAACUUCAAGAACCUGACGAUGGACGACGCGAGUCUGCAGAUCAACGCCCCCAGGGAUCGCUACAAUCUGGUCUACAUCACCUUCCUCAUACACGGAAUCGGGGUGCUGAUGCCAUGGAACAUGUUCAUCACUGCCAAAUCCUAUUUCUCCGAGUACAAACUGGGAAAAGAUUACAUCGGCGAAGAGCUGGAAUACGGCGCGAGCUUCCUGCAGUACCUUGGCUUCGCCGCGCAAGUUCCUAACGUCAUCUUCAACUGGCUGAACAUUUUCAUGAAGAUGGGCGGAAAUCUGACCACCCGCAUCGUCUGGAGCAUCUCCAUCGAGGUCGUCAUCUUCGUGAUGACCAUCGUCUUGGCAAUGACGGACAGCAGGGAUUGGCCGGGCGCCUUCUUCUGGAUCACCAUGGUUUCCGUUGUCGUGUUAAACAUGGUGAACGGUAUUUAUCAAAACACCAUCUUCGGGAUGGCCGCCAAAUUACCAAUCAAAUACACCGGUGCCGUCGUCCUCGGUUCCAACAUCAGCGGCACUUUCACCUCGCUGGUGCUCAUCCUCUCGGACACGUUCGCAUCCAGCCAGAGGAUGUCCGCAAUCUACUACUUCAUAACAGCCCUCUUCGUGCUUCUCGUCUGCUUCGACACCUACUUCGCCCUUCCACUCAACAGAUUCUACAGGCAUCACGAGUUGAAGGAGCAGAAGGAGGCGCAGAUCCAGCAAGCCAACAACCACGGUCGUCAAGUCCGAGUGCCUUACUUAUACGUGUUCAAGAAAGCGCUGCCGCAGCUCUGGAACAUCUUCUUCGUGUUCUUCUGCACGCUCGCAGUUUUCCCCGCCGUUCAUGCCGACAUCAAACGCAUCGACGAUGACUUUUUCAUCUCGGAGAAGUACUUCACCAGCGUCACCUGUUUCCUCACCUUCAACGCUUGCGCCAUGAUCGGCAGUUACCUCGCAGGUUUAUAUCAAUUCCCGUCGUCGAAGUACCUUUGGAUUCCCGUAUCUUUGAGGGUCCUGUACAUCCCCUUCUUCCUGCUCUGCAAUUACCAGGUGGAAUUGGUCACGAGGGCGCUGCCCGUGCUCAUCAACAGCAAUUGGGCUUACUGGAUAGGAGCAAUAACUUUGGGCCUCACCAGCGGGUACUUCAGCUCUUUGGGCAUGAUGUACGCCCCAAGAACUGUUGAGCCGAAAUACGCGUCGACAGCUGGAAUGUUCGGCGCGGCGGCCCUCAUCACCGGCAUCUUCACCGGAAUCCUCUCCGGCUUCAUCUGGCCCACGUUAAUCAAGCACGUGGGCAUAUAACAGAAGUGCAAAGUGUAUGACACGGAAUCCACUUUUCGCAUCCAAUUUUAAUUAAUAAUAAUUAAUUAAAUUAUUAAUAAUAAUAAUAGCCACAAUGUUUGCGAUCGGAUUCCCUCUCAUAUACCACAAACAAACAAAAAAAACUUUUGAACUGAAAAAAAAAAAUAUGAAAGCAAAAGAGUUUUAGUUUAAGUUUUCAUCCUCACACCGACAGCAGCAGAGAAGGAACAAAAUAAAAUUAAACAAUAACCGUUUUCGCGCAAUUUCUUUUUUUCUAAAUUUGUUGUUGUUGUCGUUGUUUCUUUGUUUGUUAAUUAUGCGUAUUUUAUUUUGAUGAUCAAACAACACACGAUAAUGAAUAACGUUCUUCCAGUUAAAAAUAUUUCAAAAUAUAUAUAUAUAUAAAUUGUUAAAGUAAUAUGUAAUUAAUCGCGAAGCGAUGCUUUGCAAAGUUUUUGUACAUAGAUUUAUUAAUUGUAUUCGAUUAUUUCCUCGAUUUCUUAAUACUACUAAGAUUAAUACGUCUAUCAUAGGAGACCUUGACCAAAAAAAAAACAAGCAAACAAUUGAACUAAACACAAGCAGAUACAAUCAAUCGACCCUCUAGCUUUUAAGUAUAUUAACCGAUUUUGCAUUUACGAAAGGGAAGAAAGAAAAAAAAAACAUUGA